AUGUGUCUGGUUGGACCAAUCGUCACAAGGCCAGUUCGCCCGCAUGUCUUCAAGCUAUCUAAAAGUCGCUAUUUCUCUACUUGCCGUGUUUCCCUAUCUUUGAAGAACACUAGCACAGACCCCAAAGUCUAUUCAAAGACUCUUCUCUUGCCAAAGACUUCCUUUCCGCUCUGGGUAGACUCAGCAAAGUCCGAGUCGUUAUUUAAAAGGAAGACUUGCGAAGAGUUGUAUCAAUGGCAGGCUCAGAAUGUGCACCGACCACUCUUCGUUCUCCUCGACGGCCCUCCUUAUGCGAACGGUCACCUUCACAUGGGACAUGCUUUAAAUAAGAUUAUAAAGGAUAUCAUCAACAGGUACCAAGUCUUGACAGGUCAUCAAGUGCACUACCACCCCGGUUGGGACUGUCAUGGUUUGCCUAUCGAAAAUAAGGCUCUACAGGAGUUAAAGGCGCGAUGCCCUUUCGUUACCCCCAAUAUCAUACGCACAGCAGCCAAAGCAACGGCAGAGCGCGAAAUGAAGACGCAACAGGAGGAAUUCGAGCAGUUCUGCAUAAUGGCCGAUUGGAGCCCCAAAACAACCUUCCGCACGCUUGACCACGACUAUGAAAUUCGUCAGCUUCAGGUAUUUCAACGAAUGGUCGAGGAAGGUCUUAUUUACCGGCACUAUCGACCAGUACAUUACUCUCCCUCGUCGCAUUCCGCUCUCGCGGAAGCUGAGCUCGUCUAUAACGAUGAACAUGUCUCGCAUUCAGCCUAUGUGACCUUUCCGUUGGACUCGCAGACUGCAAUCGCGAGCACUGCUCUCCGAGCAGUCUUAGCCAAGGAGCCUUCGGCAAGUUUGCUAGUAUGGACCACUACGCCUUGGACUCUAACAGCAAACAUGGGCAUCGCCGUUCACCCCGAAUUGACCUACAGCUUCGUGCGCUCAUCUGUCAAUGCGGACACUCUCGUUGUUGCCAAAGAUCGUCUUGUCGCGCUGGAGCCCAUCAUCGGACCCCACGAAGUUAUUGCUGAAAUGAAGGGCGCAGAUCUGGUGGGCGCGCAAUUUCGCUCCGUCUUCGCUCCGCUCCACCUGUCUGGCUCGGUGAACGCAAAGAUCAUAGCGGCAUCUCAUGUCACAUCGGAGUCUGGAUCUGGUCUGGUGCACUGUGCCCCUGCACAUGGCGCAGAAGAUUACUUGGCAUUUCGAGCGCUAGGUCUUCUGCAAGGCCCCACGGACAUUGUUUGUCACGUCGACGAUGCUGGCAAGUUUUCUCCUGAUGUUGCUCAUGUUGUAGGCGAAGAAGCUGCGCAAACACUAGUGGGACAAGAGGUACUCAAGGGUGGGAACAAGGCUAUUGUCAAACUACUGGAGUCCACCGGGUCCCUUGUGAAGGUGCAAAGGAUCAAGCAUCGCUACCCGUAUGAUUGGAAGACUGGUGAACCUAUUAUUGUAACGGCCACCUCGCAAUGGUUUGCCAACCUAGACGGCAUCAAGGAUGAUGCACUUCACGCGCUGAAGGAUGUACAGUUCUAUCCACCUUCAUCUCGCAAUCGACUAGAGUCAUUCGUUCGCUCGCGUUCCGAGUGGUGCAUUUCUCGCCAGCGAGUGUGGGGUGUCCCGAUCCCGGCUCUAUACCACAUUCCGACGGAUACCGCCGUCCUCUCAUCCGAAUCCAUCACUCACAUCUUGCGUGUUGUGUCUGAGCGAGGCGUGGCUCAUUGGUGGGAAGGUCCAGUCAAAGACUUCCUUACCCCCGAGCUACUCGCCCAAUUCGAAGGUGGUCCUGAGGCCUGGCGCAAAGGCACGGACACGAUGGACGUCUGGUUUGAUAGCGGGUCAAAUUGGAGUACGCUGAGCGUCCCUACAGGCGGGAGAAAACAUCGGGCGGACGUAUGUCUUGAAGGCACAGACCAGCAUCGCGGGUGGUUCCAGAGCCAGUUGUUAACUUCAGUGGGCGUUAACUCCGGAUCAAACGCUGCAAGGCCGGUAAGCCCAUACGGAACGCUGAUUACGCACGGUAUGGUACUUGAUGAAGCGGGCAAGAAGAUGAGUAAAUCACUCGGAAAUAUCGUCAGCCCGAUGACCAUCAUCCACGGUGGCAAGGAUAAGAAGAAAGAACCUGCGUACGGUACUGAUGUCCUCCGCUUAUGGGUGGCAACUGUCGAGUACUGGCGAGAUAUGUCCAUUGGACCCACAGUUCUUGCACAGUGUGCGGAAUCUAUGAGGAAGAUCCGUAAUUCUGCUCGGUUUAUCCUUGGAAAUAUUGGUACAACUGCUCAACGAAAGCACUUUGUUCCGGUUGAACGCAGCGAACUGGGCUUGGCGGAGCGCUUUGUGAUGAACGAGCUUUACAAGCUUGAUCAAACUGCUGCAGAAGGAUAUGCAGACUACAAUUUCCCGAAAGUCAUGAAUUCCUUGACCAACUUUGCAAACAUCACAUUGUCAUCGCUCUACUUUGACAUCACGAAGGACUGCCUCUAUGCCAAUGACAUUCAAAGUGUCGAGAGACGGGCGGUUGUGACUGUCCUUGCCAAAGUCCUCGACUCCAUGACAUCCGUAAUGGCCCCAGUGCUCCCUUACCUGGCAGAGGAAAUCCACAGUACUCUCCAUGAAGGUGAUGAGGCUGUAUCCCAGUUAUCCAUCUUUGCGAAGAAGUGGACUCCUGUCAGCGCUGAGUGGAAUGAUCCGCGUGCCGAACAAGACAUGGCUAGUCUACUGAGGAUGCGCAGCGUCGUGCUAUCUCUUUUGGAAAAGGCUCGAGGGGACAAGUAUCUAAAGAGCUCUCUCGAAGCUGAGGUCGAUAUUAUCUUGCCCAACGAUAUAUCCGUGCAACCGUAUAUGCUACAGUUGAUUGAACGCGAAGAGACGUUCCUGAAGACGCUUUUCAUCGUUUCUGAUGCCAACAUCACGGACGAAGGCUCUCUCGGCACUAGUUCAUUCGCGUGGUCCUAUGUCUCUUCAAUGGAUAUACCCGACUCGGACUUGGAGCUGGCGAUUCGCGUUAGACCUGCAUCCUCGAGUAAGUGCCCACGGUGCUGGACGUAUACUCGUGAAGAGGAUCAUGAUUUAUGUCCUCGCUGUGAAGACGUCGUUCGACGUGCGGAUUAG